AUGGCACUGCGCGCCCGCGACAUAUUAGAGGGGUUACUUGACCAAAGCGAACUUUUCUUGUCUUUGUUUGAGACACCGACGACUUCGACGGCCAACGAUGGUCUGCAGAGCUCUGCUCUGGGCAUCUGGGAGAUGACUACGCAAGGCCAAGUCUCCAUUUCUCACAAUGCGGCUACCCAGGACCGGAACACGAUAUUUUUUGGGGAACGGGGCAUGCCGUUUCCAUUUAAUGCCCGGAGCUCCUCAGACGCCGAAUUACUCGAUGCUACCGGAGGCAUGAUGCUGCAGGGAAGCUCUAAUUCGACGGAACCGUAUUCGCAAUGGGAGUCUUGGAUACCUGGUUGA